AUUCCAAUACAAAUAGAUUUAGGAAUCGAACUAUCUAAGCCAAAAAAGAUAUGAGCAAGGGACAACAGAGCAUGGCUGAAGAAGUAGGUGAACCCAUCAAAUAUGGAGACGUGUUUGAAGUGUCAGGUGAAGUAGGUAGAAAGCCUAUAGCUGCAAAAGAUGCAGCAGCCAUGCAAGCAGCCGAGAGCAUGGCAAUCGGCAAUGUUAAAAAAGGUGGCCCUGCUGCACUCGCCCAAUCCGCUGCUGAUAUGAACGAGAGGCGUGGCCUUCUACCGCAUGAUGCAGUAACCAAUGUCACUAGACAUGAUGGCGUUGCCAUAUCUAAGGAGGAUCUCAAUGGUCAACGUGUUUUCACCGAGGCUAUCGGUGUAAAGGUUGGGGGACAAUACGUGCAACCACCAGGUACGAAGCUGAAAUCUCCAUCGGACGAUGUCCCCGCUGAGGCAAUGACAAUAGGAGAAGCCCUUGAGGCAGCAGCCGGAACAGUAGGGGACAAACUUGUGGACGAGAGCGACGCUGCAGCCAUCGAGGCUGCAGAGAUGAGAGCAACUGGCCGUGGCCAAAUUAUUGCUAGAGGGAUAGCUGCUGCUGCUCAAUCGGCAGCUGCACAUAAUACCCGUGUUAAGCGAGACGAAGAAAAAAUCAAGCUCCGAGAUAUUCUGGAGGAUGCAAAAGCUAAGCUACAAGAUGACAAGGCAGUAACGAAAGUGGAGGCAGAGGGCAUCCUAAAUGCAGAAUUGAGGAAUAAGGAAGGACUUUCACCAUAUCCAGGUGGUGUUGCUGAUUCCAUUGUAACUGCUGCAAGGCUUAAUCACGAGAAAAAGAACUUGAAAAGUUAAAAGGAUGGUAUUCUGUUAAAGAUA